GACCUCGUCUGCUUCAUCACCCUCAUCCAUCUUCUUACUUGCAGACGUUUCUUAAGUGAUUGAGUGCUGCAAAUGAUCCCAUGGAACGACCUGUGACAUCGAAACCUCGUGGGGUUUGUAAAUAUUACACCACUGCUAGGGGCUGCUUUGCCGGUGACGCUUGCAAGUUCCUCCACGGAGCUGACGAAAAGUACUCGCCAUAUGACAAGGCCAAGGUGUGCCGGUACUAUGUUAAAGGACACUGCACCCGCGGCGAUCGAUGCUGGUUCCGUCACGAACUACCAAAGGCACCACCCGAGCAGGUCCAACCUGACGCAGAGACCUGCUCUAUCUGCAUGGAGAAGCCCACCACUUAUGGUCUGCUGAUGGAUUGCAGUCAUGUUUUCUGUCUACAGUGUAUCCGACAGUGGCGUGAUAAGAGUGGAAAAUCACCUGACAUGGUGUCUACUGGUGCCAUCAAGUGUUGCCCACUUUGUCGAAGACCUUCCCGUUUCAUUACACCCUCCAGUCAUUUCUUCCCAUCCGGUCAUCCUAGGAAGGAAGAAAUCAUUGAAGAAUACAGGUCUAGCAUGGCCAGGGUGCCUUGCAAGUACUUCGAGCAGACAUCGCGCAGGGGAAAACCGUGCUGCCCGUUCGGAUACGAUUGUUUCUAUCAACACACCCGGCCAGAUGGGUCACCGCAUGUCUUCCAUUCCGGUGCGGGCAGGUACAUGAGAAUCUACCAGAGGGCACAACUAAGGAAUAACAGCCGUCAUUCACCACUCCCUUAUAUGGGACCCAUUCGACAUCUCCGGAAUAUCUUUGAUAACAUGGACGUCAUCCGAACCAGGUUCUCAAACAUCCGAGAAAGAAUUGAAGAUAUUGAAACAUCAACAUCUAUCAACCCCAUUGAUAUCGAAGCGAUGUUUGCCCCAGAGAUGGAUGAGUUUGAAAUGCCUCCAUCGGACAUGGAUGACGACGAAUUAGAUCUUCUCUUUUCGGUGGUGUCCCCGCUCUGACUUGGCUUCUUCUAUUUACUUGAACUAUAUAGCGCAUGCAGCUGGAUGAAGCCUUGGCAGUGGAGGAAUCGCUGGCCGCUGCCCAUGCUGCAUCCUCGCUUAAUGUUCCCCAAGCUCCAGACGGGCAAACGGAGCAACGUUUGUCUGACCGGCCCGCCUCCACUCCACCGAUUUCAUGGGGUUCAGACACGAGCAGUUUAGCCCCUUCACAUGCCGCGGCAAAUGAUGACGAGUCGGCACACCACCCAGAGUUGAAUCCCACACCUGCUCCUGGUCCGUCGUCGUCGACAAGAACUAGAACUCCAACGCCGCGGUUCAGCACUGUCGUGAAUUCCCGCAGCCGGGAGGCGCUGGCCAUGGACGCGUCUGAUGAGGAAUACGCCGACGCG